UAUUGAAUAUUAACUAUGUUGCUCAACACUUUUAAGCCAUUUUUUGGUAAAAAAAAGUAAAUUCUGAUUUGGCAAAAUUCUCAAGAGUAAUAAAUGAAAAUUUUGACAUAAAUCUGCAUUAUUCUUAUGUGCACAAUCACAGUCUAAGUAAGUUCUAGACAGCUGAAUUUCUUUAAUCCUCUUGAGCGGGGUAUCCUCAAGACUCCAUUCUUUCUGCCAGCACAUUCAAAGGAACUCCGUCCCUCAAUGGAGUAUGGAGCACUCCAAGAGUUUACAGAAUACUGCGAAGCCAUCUUGACACAAUAUGACUCUUUACAAUGACUAUUACACAGCUGCAAAAUUCUUCAGCGAAAGACAAGCAGAGGGACGGCAAGAAGUUAUUUUUGCAGCUUCCAAGAGUCGGGGGAAAGAGGGGCCCUUCCAAGGACCGUCAUUGGGCUAAUCGUCCCUCUCCGAUAUCUGUGCAGCCAACUGCAGCUGAAGAGAUUGUAUCGGAAGGAAAAGACUCUAUUGAAGUCCAGUUACCUUCCAACACAGGUGAAAUUGCAGCAAAAAAGGAAGAGCAAACUUUGAAUGAUCUUGUGAAUCUUUUGCAAGAUGUAGUAAAAAACAUCCCCACAGAACUUGUAUUGUCAACUGAACAACCCCCAACUCUUUUGGCACCUGACAUAGUAACUUCCCCAUCUGUAGCAGUGGACACUGUUUGGGUGAAUGUGAACCCCCAAGAUAGUGAGAAGCCCAGAACAAUUGCCUUGAUGAAAAAGGAUACUCCAACUACAACAGCCUUUUGGAAACUAAGAAAUGACCCAACAGCAUCUGUUAUCCUGCAUUCCAACACAAGUCCCUCAGAAAAUCUCCCAAGUGAGACCAGUGAGUCUGUUGUCCUGAUUUCUGAAGAGGCAAGUCCAGGAAACACAUUGAGCACCAUUUCAAUCCAGGUGGAAAAAGAAGCAACUACUAAGGGAGAAGCUCCACCUAUAACGGAAAUGAAGUUGGAGGUAGAACUGCCUUCCUCCCUCUCAUCAGAAGCAUCUGAGGCAGAAAUAAAGCUGGAUGUAGAGAUCACACCUUCCCCAUCAACAGUUCCACCCGCCACACAGGUGGGGAUAGACAGAUCCCCUUCCCCAUCAACAGCUCCAUCUGUAACAGAAGUGGACAUCCUUUUGCCUGCAUCUAAGUCUCUGGAAAAGAAAGCAGAAGACACGGAAAAAGAAAUGGGGAAAUUAAAAGCAUUUAUUAAUUUAUUAUAUGGCUUUAGUCCUGAAUUAACUGAAUAUACAGAAAAUUCACCACAUAAAAAGAUGGCUCAAGAUAUUGUUGAAAGAUCAAUGGAAGUCCUUGAUGCCAUAAAGAGUGUUUUUUGUGAAAAUCCUAAAAAGCAAAGUAAACAGAUUUUGAAGCAGUUGUUACAGAAAGACAUGGAGCUUGUAAGACAAGCCAUGAAGGAAAAAAGAGCCUCUUAAGUUACACUAUAAUCCUUGGUAUUGUAGGUUUUUAUGAACAAUCAAGAGGUCUGUUUUCUUAAUUGUAACAGCAAUUGAAAUACAUCUGUUGCCCUUUUCACGCCUGAAAU